CUCGCCCUUUACCCCACUCUUUCUCUCUCAAAUUCCUCUCCCUCCCUUUUUUUUUUUUUUUUUCUCUGAAAAUGGACACACCUCCACGGCCAAAACAGCAACAACAAUCAUCAUCCACGGAGUUAGAAUUUGACAACCUUAGAGCCAUCAAAGUCCUAGGCAAAGGAGCGAUGGGCACCGUGUUUCUGGUUCACGACAAGACAGCUGACCCUUGUGCCCUCAACCCCUAUGCCCUCAAAGUUGUCGAGAAAUCCACUCUCCAUACGAAAUUCGAGGCUGACCGCCGAGCCCGCUGGGAGAUUCAGGUCCUCAACAAACUAUCCGGCGCGAACAGCCACCCCUUUCUCCCCCAUCUCAUGUUUUCCUUGGAGACUCCAGAGUUCCUCGCGUGGGCCGUUCCUUUCUGCUCCGGUGGUGAUCUCAAUGUGCUGCUUUACCGUCAAUAUGACCGCGUUUUCUCCCCUGCCGUCGUCCGCUUUUAUUUAGCGGAGAUAUUAUGCGCUUUAGAACAUCUACACGACAUGGGGAUUGUGUACCGGGACCUGAAGCCUGAAAAUAUUCUCGUACAACAGUCUGGUCACGUUACUCUCACGGAUUUCGACCUUUCUCGUACUUUAACAAAGAGGACAGUUAAAACCAUUUUGUCUUCUGAUGAUCUUCGCCAUUUUGAUCAACCCGCGAACAAUACCGGAAAGAAACACCAUCAUCUCCAUCAUAUACCCUGCAGAUGCCAUAGAAGAAACUUAAGCCGGUGGCUCCCGCCUAUCCUUCCCAGUAAAGAUAAAACAGGUUUAAAAAAGGCCAAAUCAGCCCGAGUUAGCCCCGUGAGUCGUCGAAAAGUCAGUUUCAGCAAUGGAGAACGAUCCAACUCGUUUGUGGGUACCGAGGAAUACGUGUCGCCGGAGGUUGUACGAGGGGAUGGACAUGAAUUCUCCGUGGAUUGGUGGGCGUUGGGGAUUCUAACGUACGAGAUGUCAUAUGGAACGACCCCGUUUAGAGGGGAGAACCGGAAGGAAACGUUUCGAAACAUUUUAUAUAAGAAGCCAGAGUUCAUAGGGAAACGAAACGAGUUAACGGACUUGAUCGAACGGUUGCUAGAGAAGGAUCCAACGAAAAGGCUGGGUUAUCAACGAGGCGCGUGCGAGAUAAAGGAGCACGUGUUCUUCAAAGGAGUGAGGUGGGACCUACUUACUGAGGUAUUACGGCCACCGUUUAUUCCCGCCAGAGAUGAUUCUGAUCUAACAGAAACUGCAGUGGUGGAUAUUAGGGGGCACUUCCAGAAUUUGAAGGCACCGGCGUCACCUCUUCCAUCACGGUUACCGUCACCGUCAUCAGAGUGCCAUAGAAAGAUGUCGUUAGAGGAGUUUUAAGCGCACGUGUGGCAGUUGGCUCGUGUAAGAGUUAGUUAGUUAGUGUUAAUUCUUUUUCGUAUACAUGAUGAUGAUGAUGAUGACUGUAUUUGUGUACAUAAAAUAAUGGGUUGAACGUGAAAAAAGGCUUUAGUGGGAAGAGAUUAUUAGUGCUUCCAUUCUA